UAACAUUUUCUCUCUUUUUUUUUCUGUUUACAAACACCUCUUCGACACUUCGUUCGAUCGUAGUAUCAAAAUUCCCCCUCUUUACGAAGAGAAACUCACGAGAACGGAAAAAAAAAAAUAGUCGCCGAUCCCCAAUUCUCACUUCAUUCGCGAUUCUUUCGAUUCGGGGAGAUAAUUAGCAGUAGUAAUGGAUGAUCAUGUAAGGAAAAAGUCCCUUAUAUUCUUAAGAUAGCCAAAGGCUCUUCAUUCGUCUGUGGGGAUGGAAAAGAAAAGAGCUACUGAAGAAAAUGAAUCAGGAUUUGCUCCUCCUUCAAGAUCGGUGGACAAGUUUGGUUUUAUAAAGCAAGAUAAUUGGGGAAAUUCUGCAGAGGGCUUGACGAGAAGCAGAUCUACAAAUGACCGUGAAAGGGAGGAGAGGAGGAUUAAAAAAUGGAGGAAGAUGAUAGGUGUUGGUGGAAGCGACUGGAAGCAAUAUGUUAGGAGAAAACCUCAUGUCGUUAAGAGACGUAUAAGGAAAGGAAUUCCUGAUUGUUUGAGGGGUCUCGUCUGGCAAUUAAUUUCUGGAAGUCGAGACCUCCUGCUGUUGAACCCUGGAGUUUAUGAGCGACUUGUGAUAUAUGAGACAUCGCCAUCAGAACUGGAUAUCAUUCGUGACAUAUCUCGGACUUUCCCUUCACAUGUUUUCUUUCAACAGAGACAUGGGCCUGGACAGAGAUCCUUGUACAAUGUUCUAAAGGCAUACUCUGUCUAUGACAGGGAUGUUGGAUAUGUUCAGGGUAUGGGAUUUUUAGCAGGUCUGUUACUUCUUUACAUGAGUGAAGAGGAUGCUUUUUGGCUAGUAGUUGCUUUAUUGAAGGGGGCUGUUCAUGCACCAAUGGAAGGGUUGUAUCUGGUAGGUCUGCCACUUGUACAGCAAUACCUAUUUCAGUUUGAGCAAUUAGUGAAUGAGUACAUGCCAAAGUUGGGGCAACAUUUUUCUGAAGAAAAGAUAAACCCAAGCAUGUACGCAAGCCAAUGGUUCAUAACUGUAUUUUCAUAUUCAUUUCUGUUUCCUUUGGUUCUUCGCAUUUGGGAUGUUUUCCUGUAUGAGGGUAUGAAAGUUGUCUUUCAAGUUGGGUUGGCUUUAUUGAGAUUUUGCCAUGAUGAUUUGGUAAAGUUACCCUUUGAGAGACUUAUACAUGCUUUGCGAAACUUUCCCGAAGAUGCGACAAAUCCAGAUACACUAUUGCCGCUUGCGCUCUCUUUUAAGGUUUUGAAACACUUGGAGGAAACUGAACUAGAAUAUCAGAGGAGAAACGAGGGAUCUGUAACCUGCGGAGUCUCAUGUGGCAAUCGGCUGCUUUCAAUUAAAUCAAAGACACUAAGCAGGACUCGAACGGCUGCUUGUGUCUUUCAGAAUGAAUCUUCGAGCUAAGCCCUAUGGCAGUCUUUUCUCCUUGAUGCCGGCGGCCGCUGCUACUGUUUGGAGAUGCUUAAGGCUUCUGCUCUGCAGGAAAACAUUUCUAUGGCUUUGCUUGGUAGAGGGUGGCAAAACUAUUCUCAAAGAGCCAAUGUAAUAUAUUAAGGCGAAAUAUGUGAGGAUUACUGAAAUGAUGAAGGCUUCUUGUAAUUUGUUUUGUUAAAUGAAAUGCCUACAGAUUAUUGAUUUUCAAAGAAUAAGUUGGAGGAAAUUGUAAUUUGCUUUUUCA